AUGGCCAUACGAGGGCAGGUGCUGGCCUUCUUGCUGGUCCUCCUCCCUCAGCUGGGGAAACAGAGAGAGUCUUCAGGAGCAGGAGCAGUUUCAGGGAAAAUUGAGGAAGGAGAAAGGGAAGAAGAAAUGUGUCAAAGGCCCCAGUGGGACACAAGACUCCAUCUGGCACCAGACCAGGAGAAGUACAGAAAGAAUGAAGAAGUGAAGCUGCGCUGCCCUGAAGGUUUACAGCCAUCCUACACCCACGUCAGAUGUUCAAGAGGAAAGCAGUCCAUCAACCAUGGGAAACCUUUAAACAGGGAAUUAUGGCUGGGAAGGGACAGCAGCGAUGCCUGGACCCAUAUUCAGUCCAGUGUGAAAUGUGUGGAGGUCUUCCAGGUUGUCCCUGGGACCCUGGAGGUUUCCAGCACCAGCAUCAAACUGAACUGGACCUGCAGCAUCCCUGAUGCCUGCCAGCACGUGCAGGCCACAUGCCGGCUGGCAGGGCCUUCCUCACCUCCUUGUAAGGCUGAGGAGGUCACCGGAGUGGAGCUCCUACACGGACAGAGGGGAACAUUCACCUGUCCUCCUUUGCAGCCCUUCACUGUUUACAGCAUCACAAUCUCAGUGCCACCCAGCACAAUACUGUUCACACAGCACCUUAGGACAAAAACAAUGGUGCCACAGAAGCCAGAGCAGCUGCAGCUGGAUGCCAGCACAGGGACUCUCAGGUGGAAGGCGCUGCCCCCCUGUCGAGGGGAGAUCAUUGGGUACCAGCUGAACUUCACUGCCAGGAGAGCACACGAUGGCACCUUCCUGAACUUCCAGCAGGUAACAGUGAACCACUCUGUCACCCAGUACACACCGCCUCCCCAGAGCCCAGGCAGCAAAUACACAGUGACGGUCCAGGGCCUGACGGCAGCUGGUGCUGGAGAUGCGUCCAGCCUGGAGUUCCAAGCCUACAUCUCAGAGCUGCAGCCCUAUGAAAACUCAGACAUUUACUCUGUGAUCAAGGGGAGAUCUCUGUCACAAGAAGAGACAGAGCAGGAGCAGCCCAAGGCCUGGGAUGAGCUGUUCAUGCUGGCCAAUUGUCCUCCAGCACCUGGCACUGCCCAGUCCUGA